AAAAGAUAGAAACGGAUGCUUCCUCUGAUAAUUUUACUGCAGCAAAAAUUGUAUAAAUUGUACUUUUUGACGAAUAGAAAGCACGUCCCUACAAUCCCUGGAUUUCGUCAGAACUUCAGGACGCCGUGUCUCCUCCCACCGACAUCCUCCGCACUCACAUAUACAUACACAAAGAUGAAAACAAGAGUUAGAAUCGGGUACGUUUUUGUUCUUGUUCUUGUUCUUCUUUUAUGCACAAGCGCCAUUUCAAAGAAUAUCAGCAGUGAAGAAGAUCAUUACAGUCAGUUCCUUCUUGCAAAUGGCGUGGGUCGUACACCACCAAUGGGCUGGAAUAGCUGGAAUCACUUCCAAUGUAAUAUAGAUGAGUGGACUGUCAAGACUACUGCGGAUGCACUUAUUUCAACUGGGUUGGCUGCACUUGGAUACAAAUAUGUGAAUAUUGAUGACUGUUGGGCUGAAGAGAACAGAGACUCGAAGGGCAAUCUGAGGGCAAAAUCUUCUACCUUUCCUUCUGGAAUCAAGGCCCUUGCAGAUUAUGUUCAUUCAAGAGACUUAAAACUGGGCAUAUAUUCCGAUGCAGGUUAUACAACCUGCAGCAAGAAAAUGCCAGGUUCCCUUGUGCAUGAAGAGCAGGAUGCAAGAACCUUUGCCCAGUGGGGGGUUGACUACUUGAAGUAUGAUAACUGCUACCAUGAUGGUUCCAAACCUCAAAUCAGAUAUGCCAGGAUGAGCUAUGCAUUGCAUAAGGCAGGCCGGCCGAUUUUUUACUCUUUAUGUGAAUGGGGACAAGAGGAUCCAGCAAAAUGGGCUGGCCGGUAUGGUAACGCUUGGAGAACUACAGGGGACAUCAAAGACAAUUGGGAGAGUGUCACAUCACUCGCAGAUGAAAACAACAUUUGGGGAAGAUAUGCCGGACCUGGCAGGUGGAAUGAUCCUGACAUGUUAGAAGUGGGCAAUGGAGGAAUGAGUCUAGAGGAGUACCGCUCUCAUUUUAGUAUUUGGGCUUUAAUGAAAGCUCCUCUACUCAUUGGGUGUGAUGUCCGAUCCGCAAGUAAACAAACUCUUAGAAUCCUUGGAAACAAGGAGGUAAUAGACGUUAAUCAAGAUCCACUUGGAAUUCAAGGCAGGAAAAUACGAUCGGGAGCCGGUCUAGAGAUUUGGGCAGGGCCAUUGUCGAGGAAAAGAAUUGUUAUAUUGUUAUGGAAUAGGAGUGGGUCCAAGGCUCCUAUAUCAGUAGGAUGGAGGGAAGUUGGACUUUCCCCAAUUACUCCUGUUAAUAUCAGAGACUUGUGGGCACAUUCAUUUAUUUCGAUGAGAAAGCGUUUUGGCCUAACUGCAUAUGUUGCUCCUCAUGCUUGCAAGAUGUAUAUCCUGACCCCAUUGUAGAGGAAGGGGAGGAAUUGGUGGAGAAAGAAAAAAACACCAUGCCUGUGCAAGCCUGCUUCAAAGCCUACAUAUUUAAUUACCAAAAUUUUACUGCAACUCUUCUUUGCUCUUUUUUUCACUGCUUUUGUUUUUGCUGGUUUUCUUGAGAAAAAGAAAAAAGGACAUCCUCAUGUUUCCUUACGUUCCAUUAUAUAAUUUUUUUUUCCCAACAGAAUACAAUUGUAAUAAGAGAAUAGAGGAUCUUUGAAGUGAGA